CCGCUGUCGGGGCAAAACAAACACGCACGCGUAGCCAAACCAGUAGGUUCAAAAACCAGUAGGCACGUAACACCGGUACACCAGUACGCUACAAUGCUCGUUGCUUGCGCCGUUUGUUUGCGGUUGCCCUGACCAGACAGGAGGACAUUUACGAUUGCGUAUUUCAGGUAACAAAUGCGAAAGUUGUGUGAAAGGUCCAUAGCAAGCGGAACCUUAAUGUGACUCGUGUUUCCAGUCGGAACUCUGUAGUGUGACACCCAGCCGUUGCUCGGCGUUGUAGCAGCGCCUGGAGUUAUUUCAUCGGUAACCAAGCAGCGAUGUCUUCAGUUGAGGGUUUGAGAGAGUUCGUCAACCAGCGACUUUCUGCUGCUGCUGAAGAAAUAUUCGGAGUUUUUAAAAGAACCUUCGUCGAGUAUCAGGAAGAGAUCGAGCGGCAGCGCGGACUGUUGGAGGUUUUUUGGAAACCCGAAGUGAGGUUACACAGGAUAAAGAUCCCACCGUCACGUGUGUGUAAGGAGGAGGAGGUUCUCUCUGACCAGCACCUCUGUCUCCAGGAGAGGAACACCAGUGUGGACCAAGAGGACCCAGAUCCUCCACAGAUUAAAGAGGAACCGGAGGAACUCUGCAGCAGUCAGGAGGGAGAGCAGCUUGAACCAAAGCAGGAGACCUUUAUGUUGACUCCUACUUGUGAGGAAAGAGACCACGGUGAAGAUCAUCUUCUGGAUUUGUGUACUGAUGAAACCCAGAUUGUGCUACAGGAAACAUCUCUAGGCUGCAUCUCAGUUAAAAGCACUGCUGUAGAUGAACCAAGCAAUGACCACCAGCUUCAGAAAGGAGUAAAACAUAGUUUAACAUCAAGCAAGGAGCCAACUCCUCCAGGUGAGAAGCCAUGUUUGUGCACAAAAUGUGGGAAAUACUUUAAAGAUAAAAAGAGCUUGUUGUCCCAUGUGAGAAGAGCUCACAGUGUUGAUCAACCAUAUGUAUGCGACACCUGUGGGAAAAGAUUCAUUUGUGAAUCAGCAUUUAAGACUCAUAAAAGAGUCCAUAGUGAUGAGAAGCCAUUUUCUUGCGAAAAAUGUGGAAAGAAAUUCAAGUUUAGCAGUGGCUUAAGCGCCCACAUGCCCAUUCACACUGGGGAAAGGCCAUAUUCUUGCAUCACCUGCGGGAAAAAAUUCAAUCAGCUAUCAAAUUUGAAGAAGCAUACAAUAACCCAUACUGGGGAAAGGCCAUAUUCUUGCAUCACCUGUGGGAAAAAAUUCAAUCAGCUAUCAAAUUUGAAGUCUCACACAAGAACCCAUACUGGGGAAAGGCCAUAUUCUUGCAUCACUUGUGGGAAAACAUUUCCUAGAUUAGACCAAUUUAAGUCUCACACAAGAAUCCACACUGGGGAGAAACCAUAUUCCUGUAAAAUAUGUGAAAGCAGUUUCAGGUGUUCUAGAAGCUUAAGAGUCCACAUAAGUAGACACAACGGUGAAACAUCGUAGAUGCACCUCCUGUGAGGACAUUUUCUGAGCAAUUUUUCUGAUUUGAAAAGUGUUGAAGGUUUCUAUUACAAGGGAACAUGAAUGCUGCAUGUGAGAGAAAACUAUGUUCCGUAAUGUCUUCUUCUGACGGGCAGAACCAUCCAGCCGAAACCCGACUGGAUGAGCGUUCACUCAUUAAAUGAAUACUUGCAGUUAAAGCAUUUUACUGUAAAACCCUCUUUGUUGCACAUUGAGUGAACAUAUCCUGCAAAUGUUUAAAUAUGUAUUCAUCUAUCAAUCUGAGAAAAUAAUUGUCUUGGAAAAUCUGCAAAUAAAAUUGAUCUCUUAAACCAGGGGUCCCCAAACUUGUUCCUGUGAGGGCCAGAUAACUUUUUCCCUUCUCUGGAGGGGGCCGGGGUCAGAAAGAGUGUGACGGUUGCAGUGGGUGCCUAAAUGUAAACAUUUGUUUUCCAGAAAGCCACAUAUAACCAAAUAUUAAUAAUCCAGGAUCUUCCGGAAGCGGCCCGCGGGCCUUAGUUUGGGGACCACUGUCUUAAACUGAUAAACUGUUAAAGUAUAUCUUGACUAAAACACACACAAACAAUUGUAGCACUUAAAUUGUACUUAUUAUGGUAUGGAGCCAACUCCAAACAUUCAUUCGGACAUCAAGUUUAAAGUCUCAUAUAAAAGUUCACACCAAGGAGAAACCAUAUUCCUGUAAAAUACGUAAAAGAGAUUUCAGUGAAUCUAGUAACUUGAUCGCCCACAUGAGAAGAAUCCACAAGGGUGAAACGUCUUAGAUGCAACUCCUGUGAGGAAAUAUUUUUUAAGACUAGCGCCGAAAACAAAAAGUGGCAGAAGGCAGGUUUCCAGAGUGGAACAAAUCUUUCUCUCUUGGGUAUGUAGCGGCAUGGACCCUCCUCCUUCUCAUGCAAAUCCUAUGUAAACGAUUAUGUUCUCGACCAUGGGUUUGCUGUAAAGGUUUUUUUUUUUCUAACUUUAUUGAGAUUCUAAUGAAACACAGUGACUUGGAAGUAGUACAGCGUCUUUAAUAUAGUCAUGUCUUCCAUGUUGGCGUUUUCCAAUUAUAGUCAUCUUAAAUUAUAUAGAAUUCAUUUGAGACUAUGGGUGCAAUUAAAUCCAUCCCAGAACAACGCAGUUUCUGGUGGAAGCUGACAAACUGCCAUCAAGAUUAAGACGAUCAAAGCUAGCUCUGACAUAUUGGAUGAAGCUGAAGGCAUCUGAAGAGGAGCUUCCCGCAACAAAGAGGCUGACUCAAAGUAUAUCAACAAUUAAACAUAA